AUCCACUCAUGCAUAGCACGUUUUUGAAGAUUGUUUGGUCUGUGCGUCCUAAAUAUCGGCAACGAAACUUGCUACAUAAAAAUACAGGGGAAGAUAUCAUCACUUGUUAAAAGAUUUCGACAUGCUUUUUGAGUAGAAAGAGUUUAUUUCGAAGAAGAUAAUUGCCUUACUGUCUUAUGAUGAAAUGUCCAGGCUGUUAUUAAAAAGAUAGAGUUCAGGACAAAAGCAUGGAAACAUUGUUUAUAUUCUCUUCUAUUGUUUGUACAUUUUUAUUUGGAUUAGAGCAUGCGACUGCCGAGCAGUUCAAAUUAAGCAGCCUGCCACAUUUGAAAAAAUGGGAGAUACCAUCAAUGCCCCAGAAGUAUGCAAUGAGAACAGGUAGGAAAUUCAAAAACAUUGACAGAAUAUACUCAACUGGGAGAAAACGUAGCUCGCACUGGUCUAUACUACCUGAAUUGAACUUUCGAGAACUUGACAUUGAAGAAGAUGCUGAGAAGAUAAAACUUGAUCAGAAUUAUAAAGCUUUUCUUGAGGACGAUGAUAUUCCAAUUGAAACUGCAAAGCACGGUAAGGACGGUCUUAAAUCAGCACCAAUUAAGAUUACUGAAGACUCCAGCAAGCGAUCAAAAGCAGCCGAGGCGAUCCAAGCACAGAGUUUUACUAGCAAACGACAUGGGAUUAGUCAGAUGACUCACAACAAAAGACACACGCACUCAAAAAAAAGAAAAUCGCAAAAAUUUGAAAAGAAUGCAAAAGCUUCUAAAUUGCAAGCAAGUAUCCAGCAGUUGAAAGAAAAGAGUAACGAAGCAAAUAAAGGGUUAAAACCAUUUCUCAGCCAAGGCCCCAUGGUAAAUUCCAGUGAAGGAGUAAAACAAAGCACAUUCUCAACUGCAGACAUCAGGUCGGAUGUUGGCAGAAUGGCGGUGCGAGGUCUUCAUUUAAAGCCAUCCUCCAGCAUAAGGCAGCCUUUGGCAAUUAUAGAACAGAAUUUUCCGUCACAGAACGAAGAAAAGAUUUCGAAGAGAUCGAUUGAGAAUGACUUGAGCAGUAACUUAAUGAACAUGCGAAGAAAUCAAAUUGGCAUAGGGGAUGCUAUCAAAAGGGCGAGGGUGGCUAUCAACACUUUACAAAAUAGAAAAGCUGGUUUCAACAAGCCCAUGGCCAAGCAAAAUCCUAUCAAAUUGGUUUCUUCGAAAGGAGUUAAAACUCCGCACGCAAAUGCUUUGAAUGCAGCAACGCACGGCAAAAUGCAGCAGUCAAAUGUCCAAGAAUCAAGGAAUCAAGCAUUACGGUUGCUUAAAAAUUCCGGUCUCAACAACAAAGAUCAGGUUAAAAAUGGAGUCUUGGGAGAUCAACCAUCAAAAGAAGUCGGUGGCAAAGUAAGAAACAGUAUGCAAGCAAAAUCUGUUGCUGGAGGUUCAGAUAACAAUGGCAUCAAAACGUCCAAUCAAGUCAGUACUAACAAAGGACGUCAGUCGCAGCCAACGCAGGCGGCUCAAAUUUCGGAACGCGCAAAGAUUGAAACACCGCGCGCUGAAAUAGAAAAGCCGAAAGAAAAAAUGAAGAUAGUGCCAGCAAACGUUGCACGAGCAGUUGCCAUGGCAAUGGAGCAGCUAAAACGUGACAAAAUGUGGGGUAAAGUGUUUGUCCAUGUUCUCCCUAGUGGUAAAUUAAAAGUUAUGGUGCAGGAAACUAAGAAAAUGCCAGAGGAGUAGGUUCUUUGCAGACAGAUAACAGGCGGAAAUUCGUCAUCAAUAAUAUUAAUGUAGACUUUGAAUACACAGUAUAAUAUUAAUGCAUUGAUAAUUGUACAAGUAAUUUGCUAGCAAAAGAUAGUUUGUUCUGCCACGCCCUAAUUCAAUAGAUUAAGCCCAUGAACAAACAUUCUUUUAUGCAGAUAAAGUUUUCCUUUAAUCUAGCAAAAAGCAAAUUUUAAACUGAUAUUGUGAAAUAAAGACUAUCUUUUGAGAAGCAAACUCUUCUAAAAAGCAGGCAGUAGGGUUUACUGUUACUACAAAGUUUGUCAUGAUGAAAUACGUUCUUUUGGGUGUAGCAUAAGGGGCUGCUUAUUUUCAGAUAAUUAAUGUUAUAUUGCAAAAGUCCAGGUUGGUGAUAACUGAUUUUGUCGAUAAAAAGGGGCCAGGGGUUUUAUAUGCUUGUUGGCUGAAUAUAUAUGCUUAUAGGCUGAAUAUAUAUGCUUGUGGUAGUUGAAAUAGUCUUAAAAGACAAUUUUGGAUUUUGGCUUUGUACAUCUGACAAAUCUAGAUACGUUACUAAAAUAUCUUCAAUAAACAACAGAGGACCAUCUGUACAGGCACAUUCACAUAUUCUGUAGAACAAUUUUCCAGCAGUUUACAAUUCUCCUUGAUAGGAAAUAAAGGAAGUAAAAUCUCGGAGUCAUAUAUAAUCCAUAGAAUUGCUGAUGGAGAAAACUAUCAAGUAAAAAAGUAAAAUUUUAUACUACCAGCUCGAUAUUAACAAAUUGGUCUAUUUUCAAACUCUAAAGUUUCAAAAACUCAACAGGAAAUCAAUUAUGCUUGCAUCGUCCUUGUCCAAGUCCAAGAAAAUGUUACUUAUACACAACCGAAAUCAAAGUCCCUCAUACAGCCUCUUUGUUGUUUACCAUUUUCAUUUCUCACGAAUCAUGCACUGUAUCUUGUUGCAAAUAAAAUUUAUGCAGUUAAACUCAGACAAGUUUUGCUCAGGGGUGUCACUUGAUGGGGAUACCCCCAACCAUGAAAGUAGGACCUUCUCACUUAGCAGAACUGAUAGGUUUUGUAUAAAUUCCUGUAGGUUUUCAAUCUCGUGUUACCAGAUGAAAAUUAUGUCAUCAAUAAAUCUUUUCCAAAGUAUUGGAUUACGCUUCAUCGGGGCAUUGCUCAUAAUAAGUUGUUCAAUUGUCAUGAACAUGCUGGCAUAAUUUGGGGCAAGGGUCUCCCCAUCGCGAUGCAUUAAUAGAGGUUAAUAAAAUUUACCAUCACACUCUUUUUUAUGACAACCAGUAAAUAAGUUCAGGCUGGUUGUUCUUCAUUUUUUUCGAAAUUCUCAAAUUAAUAGGAUGUAAGCAGUGCAAUUUCUAGUUAUUGCGCUCUAGAGAAGUGGUCAAGUCUCAUUUGCCACAAAAGGGAGUAGUACAUCCUUCUCUUCGUUUUCUGCAUGAGACAUUGUUCAAAUUUACAUUAUACAGUAGCUCAGCCUCAGCUUGUUCUUAAUUUGUUCUAAACUUAAUUUGUUCUUAAUUUGUUGACCAUAUCUAAGGCCUUAAUAAGGGCAAUAGCGUGUAAAGGCAAAAGGCAGUGCAAUUUUGUUUCAGAAUUAAUAUCACCAUCUGUUGUAUUUUAGAUGCAGCGGGGUACUCUCCCCAUAAUGUUUUAAAUGGAAUUGAGGGGAACUUCGAUACCCCUAUCUUUAGAAACGUUUGUUUAUAGUGAUUUUACAACUAGUAUAACGAAAUCAGUGGGAUGCUAGUGAGUAUAUCGAGAGUGUGUUGUAAAAGAUGAGCACAUGCUCUUUGAUUUCAGGAUAGAGGGUAGCCUCAUUCAUUAAAAAAAUUUUCCUAGCUCGUCUCCCCAAGGUUAGGCAAACACACCGGUGAACCUGUAGACACACUAAGCAAGGGCCUCAGCUGGUAAGACUUACUUUGAGAAUAAUUUUAGUGUUACAAAAACUGAGGACCAGUUCCCAACAUUUCUAACUUUUGCCAGGGCAAUUCUUUUCUGGAGAGUAAAUAUGCAGAACCCCUUCCCCCCCUAAAAAGCGUGUGAAGAGAAGCCCCUGGUUUUGCUAUCAACAAUGAUAACAUUGGUAUCGCCCAAGCAAGCAGAAAAUCCACAUCCACAUUGCCUUGCUAUAAAACUUGAACUGGCCUCCUUGCUAGUGCUCUCGUCUCAGUUUCUUUAAACAGAAUCAGGGCCGGCGAAACGUAUUUGAAAAUGGAGGGGCCGAAAAAUCGAGGUUUUGAAAGUUGUUAGGAAAGGCCGUGCAAUAUUUUUAGAGACAUGGUAUCUACGGGAUGGCCAGGAACUGUAUCUAAAAUGGAAUUUGACUGAAGAGAAUCAGAGGAAAUAUUUCCAAGCUUUCUUUUAUCAAUGUAUCGAAUAAUUUCGUCUAUUAUAAUGUUGACAUGUAAUAGGAAAGGUCUUGCAAAUAUUUAGAAUAACCUUUUAACUGUAGCUCGUAAUCAAGCUUUUUCAAAAUUGAAAAGGAGCCCCAAUGAAAUGUAGGAGAAAAAUAAAUGAAUGAAGCUUUAACAAAAACAUUAACAUUGAAAUAUCAACAGAAGCACUGUCAACUCAAAGUAGAAUAUUAUGCAUAAAAAAUAGCUCUGAAUUAAAGAUGCGGCAUGGGGAUUUAAGACGUCACUUGACAAAAUAAAUCUCAUUUUAAUACUUUAAACGUAUUUCCACCAAAAAAGACAAACUAUCCUUCGUAUUCCACUGCUUAGGCAAGAUUUAUUUCGUUAAAAACGUCACCCCAGCCACGUUUUUCCUUCGCAGAGGAUAGGCAGGAACUAUUCUUGAUUCAACCCCCAUUUUACCCCAAAAAACAGCGGCUAAUCCCCGUUUACCAUCACAAUUCAAUAUCAGCAGUUGAUAAAGAACUCGAAACUGGUAAUCAAAAUUUCCCCGCCACAAAGUGAUACUCCCCGCCAUUUCCGUCUGGUCUGUUAAAAGCAGGACCUCGAGAUUGACACGGGACGUCUGUAUCAGCUGGUGGAACUGGGAACUGUUUAUUAAAAAGAAUUUGAAAUUUCCUUUUUACAAAGAAGGAAUAUUUUUAUUGUUUCCAGGAAAUCAUAUCUUUGGAGCUAGCAUGACCUUUUGCUUCGCCACUGGUAAUUCAGUACAAACAAUGCAUAAUAAAAUCUUAAUUCCUUAAGCUUAAGACUAUUUGACAAAUAGCAAGUAGAAACAAAAAAUGAUCACUCGUGUAUUUCUUUACUCAUAUGCGAAUUACAAAACAGGCUUUUACAAUUUCUUGAUUAAGGUCUACUUGUCUUUAACGCAAAACCCCCAUCGCCUCGCCUAUAGUAAAACAAAAGCUCGGUUUUUGGAAGAUUAAUCCUAGAAGAGCACUGUUUAUUUCUGAUUUUGGCAGGAAGCCAAUUUGCUUCCUCGUUUUCAAGUUCAAAAUGAAAUAGGAAGUUUGUGGGUCGGCACUAGAUCAUAGUCUACCAAAUCACAUUACGUCAUUCACUUGAAUUGGUCCCUCGUGGUCCAUAAAGGAUCGUUCUAGAAAUCAAAUUCAGUAAAUGUUGCUCUUUUAUGUGAUCUUUUACUGGUUGCAAAAACACUUGUUCAAGCUUGGAUAUUCUUAGUGAAAAGGGUUACAACAUUUUGGCAAAGUCAGCGUAACUCAUUUUACGUAACUCAGAUACUUUUAAGAACACACAUGAUAUAAAUUGAACCGAGUGACUGAGCCUGCCGGGGGUCUAAUCCACCCCUAGCUAUUGAUACAGAAAGGGAGCUUUUCCAGUAUGAUAGUGUUCUUCGAUUAAUUUUCAACGCCGUAUCCCCAAGAAAUUUCUACACCACUGGCUUUAAGUUAUCUGGCAGCAGGCAACUGAUCAGCAUUCUUAAUUUAGAUGCAUGCAUUUCGAGAAUGAAUGACCACGAGGCACCAAUGCGAGUGAAUGACAUAAUGUGAUUUGGUAGACUACGAUCUAGUGCCGACCAAGUUUGUGGCCUGCGUGCAGUGCAGCCUUUACUUUCCGUUGCGAAGGAGAGCCAAUACGGAACUUCUUCAGGGUCGUAGAAGUUUGAAACAGGGUCGUGGACAUUAAUACCCUCAAUAUCAGUUUUCGAAAUUCGAAUCCUCAUGUGAUCCCUUGCUUGAUCCAAACUAACGUCUUGUGGCAUUACCUAGUGGGUAUCGUCCUACGCGAAUCAAACCUCGCUGCAUUUCUGUAACAGAAAUUCUGUUCAUAUUAGAAGAUUAACCUUCACUACAUACAGGGCCGUCAGAAACGGCUCCAGCCCCCCCCCAAA